ACGAUGUCUAGAACAACUCCAUCUGGGUCACCCCGGAAUGCAACGUAUGAAAGCUCUAGCUCGAAGCUAUGUGUAUUGGCCCGGUGUGGAUUCAGAUAUCGACAAUUUUGUCAAAGCUAGCCACCAGUGUGCUUCCGUAGCCAGAUCACCUCCGCAUGCUCCACCAGUAUCGUGGUCCAAGCCGACCGCUCCGUGGCAGCGGGUUCAUAUCGACUACGCAGGACCAAUCGAAGGCGAUCCACAAACGAAUUUCCAGACAUGACAGUCACGACCUUUUUUUGGCGGACAUCUACGGUCCUCCGUGAAACUGGCACCAAUGGUGAUAAAUUGGUUGCACUGCUGAGUUCCCAUCAUACAUUCACAAUGCAAAUGUCAAACCGUGAGAACCCUUUCGAUUCGGUAGCUCAUUUGUAUAUAUUAAGAUUUUAUGGCACACUUUGGUUGAAAUGAUAACAAUGCAAUUAAUCUCGCGCUCCACCAAGCGGUGAGUGCGGUCAUUUCAGAAGGUACCGGGAACGAACCACAUUUUUCACAAAUAUUUAUAUGCACGUACAUGUCUUUAUUAUUUAUCUUUGGGCGAUCAUUAUCUGAUUGUCGUCGAUGCUUUUACCAAGUGGCCUGAGAUCAUCCAAACGAACCGUAUAACGUCAGUGGCAACCAUCAGCAUUCUUCGUAGUUUGUUUGCUAGAUUCGGUAUGCCAGUUACAAUAGUUAGCGACAACGGUUCUCAAUUUACAAGCGCCGAAUUUCUCGAUUUCUGUAUCUCCAACGGAAUCGAUCAUAUUACGACAGCACCGUUUCAUCCACAAUCAAACGGCCUAGCGGAACGAUUUGUGGACACAUUUAAUAGAGCCGUGAAGAAAAUUCGAGAGGAGAGAGGAUCGAUACAACAUGCAUUGAAUAUUUUCUUGCUUACGUAUCGAAGCACGCCCAACCGAGCCUUACCAGACAAUAUUUCGCCAUCCGAAGCAAUGUUCGGUCGAAGGAUUCGCACGUGUCUCGAGCUCCUGCGUUCUUCGCCGCUACAUCCACCAGUGUCAACAUUCGAAAAUCCUAGACAACCUAGAUGCUUCAAUCGUAACGACUCAGUUUAUGCCAAGCUACAUAGUCGUAACGGAUGGAAGUGGGCUCCAGGAACAAUCGUUGAGAAAAUCAGAGAUGUUAUGUAUAAUAUGUGGAUUGAAGAUCGCAGAAUGUUACGCUCACAUGUGAACCAGCUUCGAAGCCGUCUGUCUGCGGGUAUGGAAAUGAAAGGACUCGUAGAGCAAACCACAUCUCGUCAGUCUCCGUUGCCGCUCGAUAUUCUGUUGAAUGUUUGGAAUCUAACUAGUCAGUCGUCGGUUGCUGGAACAUCAUCGGUUGACCCGAGUGUUACCGCAUCGUCACCUACAUUAACACCUUCCUCUAGUCCUGAGCAUGUUCCAUUGGGUUCGACGCCGGCUCGUGCGACAUCUACGCCUCAACACGAUGUUGCAACAAGUUCGUCUAUGUCAACGUCAUCAGCAUCGAGUGACACACCAGCGUUACCGUCUUCAUCAACAUCGACUGAAUUCGAGUCAGCCAUCGAAGUGGAGUCUGUGGUAGAUCUUCCUAGGCGUUCUUCUCGUGCAAGAAGACAGCCUCACAGGUUCGAUCCCUACCACCUUUAUUAAGAGGGGAGAUGUUGAGGACAACCCUACCACCCGGUACUCCGCAAACCGCUUGACUCUCACUUGACUGUAUAGCUGUCGUAGUGAGAUGCUGGAGAUGCGUAUAUAUGUGAAUAAUUGCGGUUGUCAAUUUCCGUCAGAUAGUAUCCGUCCAGAGUGUAAGUAGUAUACGUCCAGUAAUGUAUAAUUUCGGAUACGCUGUCAG